ACGAUAGCCGAUAGCGGAGCCAACGACGCCAUCUCCCUCCAGCCUCCGCCUCAAUUUCUCCGCCCGCUUUCCCUCUACAAAAAUAUACACUCUCUCUCUUCCUUUCCAAUAGCCCCUCGUUCUGUAUAAAAUCUCUUCUGCCCUCUCUCGCCCCACGCUCUGCAGUCACUGUUUCGUUCCGUUCCAAUGGCCGUCGCUUUCCAAGGAAUCGGAGCCGCCGCAGCUCUCUCCUCCGCCAGUGUUCUGGAGUCGAAGAGGUUGCAUUUCCACUUCUCUUCCCGCAGAUCGCUCUCAGAGAUAAAAUCAGGCUUUUUUGUUGUGAGAUCUGAUGGGAGGUCGAGUGCUGGCCCGAAUCCGAGAGGUCGCAGAGCCGAUCAAUUGAUUACCAGCGCAGUGGCGACAAAAGCUGAUAGUUCGACGGCUUCAUCAGCAUCCAAACCUGGGCAUGAGCUUUUACUUUUUGAAGCCCUUCGUGAAGGCCUGGAGGAAGAAAUGGAUAGAGAUCCCCGUGUAUGUGUAAUGGGUGAAGAUGUGGGUCAUUAUGGAGGGUCGUACAAGGUAACCAAAGGCCUGGCUGAAAAGUAUGGUGACCUCAGGGUUCUUGACACUCCUAUUGCUGAGAACUCGUUCACUGGGAUGGCCAUUGGAGCUGGCAUGACUGGGCUGCGACCAAUUGUUGAGGGAAUGAACAUGGGAUUUCUCCUUCUGGCUUUCAACCAGAUAUCCAACAACUGUGGCAUGCUUCAUUAUACAUCUGGAGGCCAGUUCACUAUACCAGUGGUUAUCCGUGGACCUGGUGGAGUUGGCAGGCAACUUGGGGCUGAGCACUCUCAGCGGCUGGAGUCUUAUUUCCAAUCAAUCCCUGGUAUCCAAAUGGUGGCAUGCUCUACCCCAUACAACGCCAAGGGCUUAAUGAAAGCUGCCAUUCGAAGUGAGAACCCGGUGAUACUUUUUGAACACGUUUUGCUUUACAAUCUCAAGGAGAGGAUUCCGGAUGAAGAGUACGUGUUGAACCUCGAGGAAGCAGAGAUGGUUCGGCCUGGAGAGCACAUCACCAUUCUAACGUACUCCAGGAUGAGAUAUCAUGUGAUGCAGGCUGCUAAAACUUUGGUGAACAAGGGGUAUGAUCCCGAAGUUAUUGAUAUCAGGUCACUGAAACCAUUUGACCUUUACACAAUUGGGAAUUCAGUGAAAAAGACACAUCGCGUGCUGAUCGUAGAGGAGUGCAUGCGGACAGGUGGAAUUGGUGCUAGUUUGACAGCAGCUAUUAAUGAGAACUUCCACGAUUAUUUGGAUGCCCCGGUCGUGUGUUUGUCGUCCCAGGACGUGCCAACGCCGUAUGCGGGGACACUGGAGGAGUGGACCGUGGUUCAGCCAGCCCAGAUUGUCACUGCAGUUGAGCAGCUCUGCCGGUAGUUGCAGCAGCUGAAACAGUUGUGCACAACUGGAGGACCUGUAGUGCCUCAAUGUUCAAUCUAUGCUAGUUUGCAACUUUGCCUUGAAGUUAAUUUAUGUUUGGCUUUUUGCUAGGCGGUUUCUGCUGUUAAAGAGAACUUGCAGUGGUUGAUUUGGUUCUGGUGUUUGUUUUUUUUCCUUUAUUUAAUGGUAGGUAUGAUCUUUGUUUACGAACCUUACACUGGCUGCGAGUGGGAGCGAGAAGAAUACAACUGUGUUACAAGAUUAUCUGUGUCAUUUGCCUGUAAUUCUGACAUUGACAUAUUGGGAUAUCUGAUACAGCAGAAAUCAGAAAUGUGUUGAGAAAUAAUCCCAUUUUGUUUUUGGCUAUUCAAUAAAUAAUCCUAUUUAUUUGUUCUCA